UUGUGCAGCGGACAGCGCCUGUUGUGGAGUGGGGAGUAGGUAACGGUUCUCCCCGAGCCUUGGCGGGGGGGGGCCUCCCCCGCAAGGCCUGUAGCCCGAGCUUGAGUAGGAUCGGGCAUCCGACGCCCGAAGUGAGUGUGAUUUCCCCGGCCAGCCAUGAAUGGGCAAGCGGACGUCGAGGUGGACUACAAGAAGAAAUACCGGAACCUGAAACGGAAACUCAAAUUCCUAAUCUACGAGCAUGAGUGUUUUCAGGAGGAACUGAGGAAGGCGCAGAGAAAGCUGCUGAAAGUGUCCCGGGACAAGAGUUUCCUUCUGGAUCGUCUUCUGCAGUAUGAAAAUGUGGAUGAAGAUUCUUCUGACUCAGAUGCCACAGCAUCCUCAGAGAACAGUGAGACAGAGGGAACACCCAAACUCACUGAAACACCAGCCCCCAAGAGGAAAAGAAGUCCCCCUCUGGGGGGUGCCCCAUCCCCCUCUGGCCUUUCACUACCCCCAUCCUCAGGGUUUCCCCUGCAAGCCUCCGGGGGCCCCUCUCCGUACCUGACCUCGCUGGCCUCUCCCCCAUAUUCCCCCUUCCCCUCCGACUACCUGGCCCUGCAGCUGCCUGAGCCCAGCCCCCUGAGACCCAAGCGGGAGAAACGGCCCCGCCUACCCCGGAAGCUCAAGAUGGCAGUGGGGCCAUCUGAGUGUCCAGUGGGGGGUUCACUGACCUUCCCAGGCCGGGGAGCUGGUAGUGCUGGGGUAGGGGCAACCCUGGCCCCACUGGGGCCUCCUAAGCUGCCCCCACAUACCAUCCUGAGCACCGUCCCUCGCCAGAUGUUCAGUGAUGCCGGGAGUGGAGACGAUGCCCUGGACGGCGAUGAUGACCUCGUGAUCGACAUCCCUGAAUGACCUCCUAUCCGAGCCCCUUUCCUCCCUCCACUUGCCAGGUGGCAGCGGCAACAGAAGCAGCAAAGACAAAGAGCGUCGUGUUUUUGGAGACAUUUAUUGAUGCCCGGUCUUAUUGGUCCGGCCAUUGACAAUCAGAAGAGGCGUAAACAUGCAGCACGGCGCCCCCAGAGAAGAGGUGGGGAGGCAGCUCCUGGCCCUGAAAGUGGGCCCACGCUGUGUUUGGAUUUGCAGCCAGCGUCGCGCAGGGAAGGCAGACAGACUCAGAGGUCAGCCCAGGGCCCCCUUACCCCUGCUGCUGGAUGCAGCCCCAGGGGGCCUCUGCCUCCCCUUCCUGAAGGCAAAGCCCCCCCACAUCAGCUACUGCUGUAAGGGGGCAGCUAGAUAGGGCUAGUUUGUUUUGUUUUGUUUUGUUUUUUUACUGCAGACUUUUAUUAAAGGGGUAUGUGGUGGUUUUAUUUGUUUUCUGAAAUGUCCUCCCUCCUUAACCCCCUCCUAAUCCGGGUUACUCCCACUGUGGGGAGUUUUGCCGGGGCAGCUUGGAGAGGUGGAUGAGAAGAGAAAUGACCUGGUUGGGGGGAGGGAGUGGGGCAAUAAAUUCUCUCCCUCCCCUUGCA